AUGGCUGAUGUUGAAAUGAGCGAUGCGCCUUCCGCCUCCAAGAAGGUAGAUGUUGCAAAUGGGAAAGGCUCUGAAGGCAAGAAAAAGUUCGAAGUCAAGAAGUGGAAUGCUGUCGCACUCUGGGCUUGGGAUAUUGUUGUUGAUAACUGUGCCAUCUGCCGCAACCACAUCAUGGAUUUAUGCAUAGAGUGUCAAGCAAACCAAGCAUCAGCUACUAGUGAAGAAUGCACGGUAGCGUGGGGGAUCUGCAAUCACGCCUUCCACUUCCACUGCAUCUCCCGUUGGCUCAAAGCCAGAUCGGUCUGCCCCCUGGAUAAUCGCGACUGGGAAUUCCAGAAAUAUGGUCGAUGA